AUGGCCAGUCCUACCGUUCUCACUUUUGACGCUGAGGGCCGUCCGAUCAAGUUUGACGUUUGGCUCGAUGACCUGCACCUGUUCCUCCAGAUCACUGCCAAGGAUGAUGUUUCCCUGUUUGACCACACGUCCGGCGUAGCCCCCGCUCCUGCUGCUACUGCUGACAGUACAGCUCGCUCACAGUGGCAGACCCUUGCGCGCUACUCCUCCCCUGCUACUGCUGCGAUAGGCCGUCUCUCGCAGCCCUAUCCUUUCCCCGAUCUGUCCGCCUUUGCCACUGUAGCUGACCUCAUCACUCACCUCCGUACUAGUGAUCUCCGCUACCGUGCCGCACUUCCUCCUGAUUUCCUCGCCAAGAACCCUCCCCCGAUGUACCUCACACUCUACCACCUAGUCACUCGCCUCCCUGACUCUCUUCGCGCUGUCAGGGACCACUUUCUCGCCCUCUCUCCCACUGACCUCACUGUCGACCUGCUCGAGAAGGAGCUCCUUGCAGCUGAGACUAGCAUUGUAGCUGUAGGUGCCUCUCGUGGCGACCCUCGCACUCCCUUCUUUGAGGGAUGUUCCCCCUCCCCCCUUCUCCCCUCCAUUGCAUCUGCUACUGCUGUCGACUUCCUCGGUGCUGAGGAGGUCGGGGCUGCGUCUGCUCCUAGUUGGAGGCGCAAGGGCGGCAAGGGAAAGGGGGGUAAGGGUGGCGGAGGUGGAGGCGGGGGUGGCGGUAGUGGAGGGGGUGGAGGAGGCGGGGGUGGUGGCGGUGGUGGGAGUGGUGCUGGUGGUGGGGGGGUCAGUGGCGGAGGCGGGGGUGGUGGCGGCGGCGGUAGUGGGGGUGGCGAGGGUGGUGGUGGUAGUGGUGGCGGCGGUGGAGCUGGUGGCGGGCGCGGUGGAGCAGUGCAGCGUGGAGGGUUCGGUGGUGGCCAGAGGCAGCAGCAGCAGCGUCCCAGCGAGACCCCGUCCUCCCAGCAGCUCCGUGAGUGGUACUCUCAGCGUGGGGGGUCUGGGGGUGGAGGUACCUGCCCGUACCUUAUCCGCACAGGUGACCGCACUAGCCAGACCUGUGGGAGGUUCCACACGGCACACCGCUGCUUCUUUCGUCUCGACGACGCCUGGCGUGCGCAGUUUCCUGAUGCCACUGAGCUGCCCCGCUGGGCUGAUCUGAUGAAAAUGAACAUUGAUAUCUUUGCUCUUGACUUUGAUGCUAUCCUUGGUGCCAUGUAUGCAUUGACUAUUAGUGCUGCGGGUGACUGUUACCUGCGUGUACCGCCAGACCCGGGUAUUGGGACCAGUGAGGUAGGUGCUAGUGCGUCUGCUGCUCCAGGUCCUGGUCAGGCUACUGCUCUAGGUGCUAGUGAGUCUGCUGCUCCAGGUGCUCGUGCCUCUGCGCCUGCUGGUACUGCGUCUACUGAGGCACUGCACACCUUCACACUGGACUCGGGUGCUUCCCGCUGCUUCUUUCGUGACCGCACUGUCCUUGAGCAGCUAGCUCGGCCUGUUGCUGUCUCCCUGGCAGACCCCUCCGGGGGCCCUGUCCUUGCGACCUCCUCCACUGUCCUCCCUUGUCCUGCGGUCCCGUCCGGCACCCUGUCAGGUCUCUACCUCCCCUCGUUCUCUACGAACUUGGUGGCGGGCUCUGCUCUCCAGGACGGGGGUGUUCACCAGUUCACCCCUGCCCAUGAGCGAGUGACCCACUGCACGUGUGCUCGGACGGGUCGCCACCUGGCUACCUUCACUCGGCAGCCGGGGUCGGACCUGUACACACUGACCACUGAGUCCCCUCAGGUAGCUGCGUCUACGUCUGCGUCAGGUCAGCUGUCGCCCCCCUGCUCGUGUCGCUCCCUGUCGCACGAGACCGUCCUCUGGCCACCACCGCCUUGGUCACCCAUCAGUGCAGCGCCUUCGUGGCAUGCACUCCCGGUACCUUGUCUCUGGUCUUCCAGGGUUCUCCCUCCCCUCCCACCCUCGCAUGCUCCUCCCUGUCUUCCCUGUGUCGAGGGGCGGCAGCGCGCUGCUCCUCACUCCUCCUCGUUUCCCCCGACGACUGCUCCCCUGCAGACCCUCCACAUGGACGUGUGGGGCCCAGCCCGCGUCCGUGGACAGGGUCACGAGAGGUACUUCUUGAUAGUUGUUGACGACUACUCGCGCUACACCACGCUCAGCGAGAGGUUCCACUCGGACUUUCCUGUCCUGCGUCUGCACUCUGACAGAGGUGGGGAGUUUUUCCUCCGACCUCUUGAGGGACUUUUGUCGUGGGGAGAGGGCAUUGAGCAGUCGUUCACGCUUCCGGCCUCUCCACAGCAGAAUGGGGUUGCUGAGCGCCGCAUUGGCUUGGUCAUGGAGCUCAACCUCUGGCCCCGUGUCUCCGUUCCGGAGACUUCGCCGACACUGCGUUGGACGGGAGAGGUUGGCGAUGCGUCGGUGUUCCGGGUCUGGGGAUCUCGUGCUUUUGUCCGCGAUACGUCCGCGGACAAGCUCUCCUCCCCGCGCUGUUCCUUGUGUCCUCCUUGGCUUUGUCCCGGACUGCGUCUGGUUGGCAGUUUACCACGCCCACCAUCGCACCGUGUCCUGCCCUCUCAGGACGUCACUUUCGACGAGUCGGUCCCCUACUACCGCCUCUUCCACUCACCGCACUGCCCCGCUCCCCCCCCCGCCUCUCUUCCUCGCACCAGGUGCUUGCCGUCGUAG